CAAACCCUGAGCGUUUUGAUAGGGCGUCUUAGAAAUACCGAGAAGAAGACUCUUGCUUACAAUGCAUGAGAACAUACAUCAUCACGAGGCCCAGAAGCUUCCGAAGAGGGUGUGCAAGCCCCAUAACCUGAUCCAAAAUGCAACGGUAUUCAGGCGUCGUCUUCGACGCAUGGCUGUCACAGCCGGAUCUGGGUUUGUCAGCGCCUUCAAUACAGCCUCUCUUCAUCUAUAUUAGCGAGUUGGAUCUAUUAGAGAUGAUGUCGUUCUGGAUUCUCAUCACCCUGGCUGCGUGCCUGGCAACAUCAUGGCCGUUAUCUUUUGCCCAGCGUCAGAGUAGUAACUGUUCUGUCGACUACUUCACUAGCAUCGCGCCUGCAGGAAUUCAUGUCGAGCGCGUGCAAUAUGUCUCGGCCGGUUUCUUCGUCGAGACCGGAAAUAUCGCCUAUCCGACUUUUCCUACCGGUUUGCCGGAGCUCUGUGCCGUGAUCAUAAACAACGUCACCGCGAACUACCGCUUCGGGAUGUUUCUACCAGACGAGUGGAACUCGCGAUUUCUCACUAUCGGCUCGUACUCAUUUUUCGGCGGGAUCAAUUGGCUGGAGAUGGGUGUCGGCGUCAAGUAUGGAGGCGUGGUCCUGGCUACCGACACCGGUCAUAGCUCGGGAGCAGGAGACAUCACAUGGGCUAAUACCACCCUGAAGCAAGUGAACUGGGCAUAUCAGGCACUUCAAGGGUCGAUAUAUCUCGGGAAGGCACUCACUGAAGCAUAUUAUGGCCAAGACAUCGCGUACUCUUAUUUCACUGGAUGUUCCACUGGAGGGAGACAGGGCCUCAAACAGAUUCAGCUCGAUCCCCAUGUCUUCGACGGGGCACUGAUCGGAGCUCCGGCAUGGGACACAAAGCAUCUGAUGCCCUGGUUGUCCAAGUUAGCGACGUGGAACCUACCAGAAAGCGCGCCAUAUAGCUUGAACGACGCCGGCCUGUUCUCACGUCUUCAGGACGAGGUACUGAAGCAAUGUGAUCCCCUCGACGGCGUCAAAGACAACAUAAUCAGCUCGCCAUCUGCCUGUAGACAGAAGUUCGACAUCACAAAAGUCCGAUGUGACGUUUCGAGCAACAAGACAUCCUGCUGGUCCAAGGCGCAGACUGAGACGGCAGCGAAGAUAUACGCGGACUACGUCACGAGCGACGGACAGCUCGUCUACAAGGGAUCCGAGUACGGCUCCGAGCUAGAAUGGGGGACGUUCUUACUCCCCGCAAUAGCGGACGACAACUCCCAGAAUGUGAGGCGGAACUUCGACGGACAGUACGAACGGUACUUCAUGAAUUACGGGUCACGCUGGCAGACGACGUCGUACAACGACUCAGUCGUGAAGGACGCCGAGGCCCGCGACGAGAAGAUAGUGCAAGCCACCGCGGACCAAUUUGACCUCGGCGCUUUCAGGAAGAAGGGCAAGAUCAUCAUGUACGGCGGGCUCGCCGACAACGUCGUGCCAGUGCAGCACACGACGUACUACUACAACCGCACCGUCGAGGCGAUGGGGGACGUCGGGGACUUCUUCCGGUACUUCCAGAUCCCCGGGAUGCGCCACUGCUGGGGCACGCCGGACAACGUGAAAGCGCCGUGGAUGAUAGGGAGCACAGGCCAGUCGGUGCAGAGGCCGCCGUACGCGUCGGCGUGGUCCGUACCGCUCGGGUUCAACGACUCGCGGCACGACGCGCUCCUGGCGCUCAUAGACUGGGUGGAAAAGGGGCGGGAGGUGUCCCAGAUCAUCGCGUCCGAGUUCAACUUCACGGAUUCUACGAGGCAAAACAUUGCAUUGUACAGACAGCGGCCGCUAUGUGUUUAUCCGAAGACGGCGCAAUGGAACGGUAAAGGGAACCAGAAUGAUGCGGCGAGUUGGCGUUGUCAAUGAUGCAGGUUUUUUUUUAUUAAACUUGUUUGAGCACCAGAAUAUAAGGUUCUAUAUCAACCCUGUUUUUUAUACCAUCUACAUGCAUGUGAUGAACGCGUUAAGCUUGGAACUUGAACGCAUGGUCUCACUUAAAAGGGGCGAAGUAGAGACAAAUAAAAUAGAAUCCGAGAGAUCUCAACAGGAAUCGAACCGGAUGUUAUGCGCCUUGCCUUAGGUAUCAUAGUUCCUAAGCUACAACGCGCCCUGCUUUCGCAUUGACGGGUAUUUCUUUGCGGUCGCGUGCCAGCACCGUUACGCCUCGGACGAAACUUCUAAGCCUUACCUAGCAAGGUUGCCUUCUUCCCUGGGCGUCCCCGGGGAAGUGGCCUCCUUGCUGGUAGGGCCCGAAGUUCUAGCUGGGACCGUUUCUGAACUCAGGGGGGCGCGAGUGGUCAUCGAGGGCGCAACGCUCUACCACUCGGCCAUGAGUACUUGAUACGGGGACGUACAUCUAUUUAGAUUCAUGAGGACCAGAGCAGGCACAG